AUGAAUGACGAUGACGAAUAUAUAAUUUCAAAUAAUGAAGAGGUACAAGCCAACUCUUCUGCAGGUGCAUCAUCAUCUACAACAACAACAGCCACAACAACUUCAACAGACACACCAAGUAAAUCCAACAGCACUAAAAAGCCAAAAGAUUUCUUGGAUGAUCUGAAAAUAAGAUCAGACGAAUACUUGAAACCUGAAGAAAAGAAAAAAAGAUUGGAAUUAGGUCAAAGAUUACAUCUUGACGGUGCUUAUGUCGAUUAUAUUGCAUGUGGAUACUCUGCACUUGGAUAUGCUGCGUUCUAUGGUCAUUUCGAUAUCGGUCGUUGGUUGGUUCAGAUUGCUGAGGCAACCGUAGAUUUGGAGGUGCAGGGAAACACAGCGUUGUCGAUCGCUGUCACUCAACGACGACAUGAUAUGGUUGCUUUGCUUUUGCAUUUGGGUGCCGAUCCGUUGCAUCGCGUAUCCAAGCCGGCGGCAGUUGGAAACGUUGUUCCCGCUAGUCGACCGGGAAGUGGUAGCAGUGCCACUGGCAGUGGUACUUCCGUCAACAAGACGGUCUUUCAUCUGGCGGUGACCAGCGAUGACUUGGUAAUUGUCGCAACCAUGCUGGAGACAGGAAAGAUCGACUUGACUGCACUCGAUGCCGAUGGCAAUGGAUGGUUGCACGAGGCAGUGUUGUCUAGUGGACGAAAAGUGGUUGAGUUACUCGUCAAUGCCAAAGUACCUAUCGACAUACUCAACAAGCAAGGAAAGACUGCAUUACACCGUGCUGUCAUAGCAAAGAAUCAUCAAGUGGUUGACUAUCUUGCCGAUUUUGAAGAUAUUAAAAAUAUACAAGAUUCAAAUGGAUUUUCAGCAUUACAUUAUGCAGUGUUUAGUGGUGAUUUAGAAAUGGUUAGACUGUUGUUGGCAAAGAAGGUGGAUGCUUCAUUGAUUGAACAUGUAACAUUGUUUACUGCAAAAUCAAUGGCAAGAGCUAAAGGAUUUAUGGAUAUAUUUGCAUUCUUGGAAGAGAAUAGUCCAAGUGGUGGAGAUGCCGAUGGUAAUGGUGAUGCUGGUGGUGCAGAUGGAGAAGCGCCAGGUGGUCAAGAUGUACAUAAUGAGGAAAUGAAAAUAGUCAUGCAUUCUCAGAGGAAAAGGAUUAUAAUGUCUGCAGAGGAAAAACAAUUGGCAAAGGAAAACAGAGCGAUAAAACAAAGAGAGAAGAGAAAGAAGAAAUAUUCAACUGAAUUCAUUAAACAUAAAGAGGAACUGACUGAUGACGAUAUGGAUUCCGCUGUUGAAUCAUCUGCUGGCGAAUCAGAAUCAGAGAAAGUAAAAGGAAAAGGAAAAGGAAAAUCAAAGAGUAGUAGUAGUAAAUCAAAGUCAAAGAAAAAGACAAAAUCAAAAGAAAAGAAAGAAGGAGAAGAAGAUAAAGAAGGAGAAAAAGAAGAAAUAGAUGAUUCAGAUAGUUAUAGUUAUAGUGAUAGUGAUAGUAGUUAUGGAUCGGAUUCGAUCGAUUCUGAUGACUGGGAUUCAGAUGUAGAGGUUAUUGGUGAUCCUUCGACUAUUACUCCAAGAAAGAAUCCAGAGAGAACAACAAGAUCAAUUGAAACACCCAACUUUAGAAAUAUACUACCAGAACUGACCGAAAAAGACAAAUCAAAGGCUAGCUUGGCAGGAGGUGAAGAUGUGCCAAUGGAUGUGGAGGACGACCUAUCAUCUUCAUCGUCAGAGUUUGAAUCAUCAGGUGACGAUUAUCAUCCAAAGAAGAAGAAACAAAAGAAAAUACCAAUCACCAAUCUAACAAAAAAACCAUUGUCAACACCUAAAUCCAAAGUCAAUUCACAAUCAACGUCAGACAAUAAUAAUGAUGAUGAUAAUAAUAAUAAUAAUAAUAAUAAUAAUGAAACAUCAGAAUCUACUCCAGUAACACCUUCUACAGAGAAAAGAAAGAGAGGUAGACCUCCAAAGGCUACAGCCAAGAAACCAUCUGCUAAAAAUAUGCAACCUAUUAUUCCAAUGUCAUUCUAUUCACUCGAGAAUAUCACUGUCAGUAUUGAAGAGAUAGUAGAUAACUCCACCAUUAAUACCACUGAUAGCAACUCUACUGCUUUACAAAUAACAAACACCACACAAUCUAGAGAUACAAUUAUAUCAGAUAAUAAUAACAAUAGUGACAAUAAUAACAAUAUAAUUAGUGAUAAUAAUGAUAAAGAUAAUAAUAUUAAUAAUAAUAAAAUUAGUGACAAUAAUAAUAAUAUAAUUAGUGAUAAUAAUGAUAAUAAUAAUGAAUCAAUUACAACAACAACACCAUCAUCAACAACAACAUUAACAACAACGACUUCUAUCAUUGCUAAUGAACCUAAUAUAUCUUUGCUCCAACCCACAGAGAUUAAUGUUAGUUCAGGAGAUUCACUUUCAACAACACCCAUUAUAAAUAAUAAUAAUAAUAAUAAUAAUAAUAAUAAUAAUAAUAAUAAUAAUAAUAAUAAUAAUAAUAAUAAUAAUAAUAUUAAUAAUGAAAUUGAUGACUAUGGUAAUACUAAAGCAUCAGAUGAUCAUGAAGCAUUUUCUAUAGCAAAAGAACUCACUACAGAAUCUAUGUUGGAAGAAUUCACAUCAUUAACAUCAUCAACAACAAGAACUACUACCACAACAACAACCGACAACACUGACAAUCCUCCAAAAUAA